GCUGCAAACCAACACAGGCCCCAUCGCGCUAUUCAAGCACAGGGGCAGAGCGACUGCCUGCUGCCUCGAGAGACUGGACAAACACACAGCACAAAGACAUGAAGACGGUGGCGUCUCAUCUCCUUAGCUGUGGUUUCGCUCUCCUGUCUUAAUUUCCAGUGAGUGUGGGGUCAGUAGGGGCACAUGACCAUGUCUCUUCCAUUGGAUAUACGCUCUUACCACAAAGACCCCUCGAUGGGGACGCUGGAGAAACAACUCAUCUGUCCCAUCUGUGUGGAGGUCUUCACGAAACCAGUGGUCAUUCUGCCCUGUCUGCACAACCUCUGCCGCAAGUGUGCCAAUGAACUGUACCAGCCGUCUCUCUUCCAGGUAGGAAUCGGAGGACAUUUUCGCUGCCCUUCCUGUCGGCGUGAGGUUGUCUUGGACCGUCAUGGAGUUUAUGGACUGCAGCGUAAUUUACUCGUGGAGAACAUUAUUGAUGUUUACAAACAGGAGUCUGAAAGCUCUAGGCCUCCACCGAAGCCUCCUGCACUGUUCAGCUGUACAGAGCACGAAGAUGAGAAGCUUAAUAUUUAUUGCCUCACGUGUCAGGUGACCUCCUGCUCUCUCUGUAAGGUGUUUGGGGCCCACAAAAACUGCCAAGUAGUUCCCCUGCCUGAUGUUUACCAGCAGCAGAAGGCUGAACUCAGUGACAGACUUGCUACUUUGGUUUCCACAAAUGAACGCGUUCAGUCAUUUGUUAAUGAACUAGAGGCACUCCACAGGAACAUAGAGGAAAACAGCAGGAUCCAGAAACAGAUUCUGUGUGAGAAGUUUGAUCACUUAUCUGCCAUUCUGGAGGAACGUCGUAAGAUCAUGACCCAACAAAUCACUUCUGAGCAGGAAGAAAAGACUGGCUGGACCCAGUCUUUACUGCAGACAUACAGUGAGCAUGUAGACACAAACUCAAAGUUGAUCCAGGCAGCCCAGAAUGCAAUAGAGGACCCAGAGAUGGCUUCUUUUGUGCAGACCUCACAAGAUCUUAUUGAGGAGGUUGGUAAAGCAUCUAACUGCUUCACUCAGGAGACCCUGGAUCCUGACUAUGAGAAGAUGGAUCACUACAGGGUGGAUUUUGAUGCAGAGGAGAGACUUCUGUACCAGCUGGAUUUCAUGGAGAUUGAAGAAGAAGUGGAGGAAACACCUGAUGAACCAGAGUCAGAACCUGAGUCUGAACCUGAACUGGUGCUGACCCCAGAACCUGACCCUGAAGCAGAUCAGGAUCUGAAAUCAGAGGGUCCUGAGAUGAUGAGUCCCACACCGGAGACAAUAGAGGACACUUGUGGACAAGCAGGCGGUUGUAGAGACAUCAGAAAAGUGGCUGUGUGUGCAAAGAAUGGCUUAAGCACUUCACAGAUUGUCACUCUAGUCUUUUAUUUCCUGGGCUUUCUGGUCAUCCUCCAGCGAAUAUGGGGAAACAUUCAGUGCCUUAUUUGUAUAUAGCAGAGGUGAAGAGACGUGGUCUCCAGACUGGCACAGCUGUGAGCUCAGCACUUGAAGGACUGAGCCCUCCAGUGGUCACCAGUGAGAUGAUUCGUCUCUGAUUGUACUGGCUCAAUCGUCCACAAUAAAACCAGAAGCUCAAAGAAAGAAUGAUGACUUGCCACUGGUCAGAAUGGGUUCUCCUCCCGUCUUGAAAAAACCUUCUUUGUGUUUGUGCAAAUAAUUAAAACAUUGUAUACACUUAUUUUUGGAUCAGUUUUUUGUUUGCCUAAUAACAUUGACUGUUUUUGCUGUAAUAGUCAGUGAAAGUUCUCGCCGUUUGUUAGACGAGUGCUCCAAGACUAUAUCAUUGAAACACCCAUCUACCAAUUUGGAUUCACUCUAGAUUUGGUUGUAAUGAUAUGAAUGAAUGAAUGAAUGAAUGAAUAGUGUUUAUAACUGAUGGAUUUGUUUGUAUGAGUGUAAUCUUAAAUUGGCUUGAACUAAAACACUGAUUUUCUUUUUUUCUUUUCUUUUCUCUUUUCUCAUUGUGUCACCAUUGACUGUCUAAUGGCUUGUGCAAUGCAUUAUGUGAAAUCUUAAGAAAUUGUAAUUCAUGUCAUAAAUUGACAUGUGUUUUCCUCUUUUUUUUAGACAAAUGAGUUAAUUUUUGGUUACAGAGCAGAGCACAGGAUAUGCAAAGGAAAAACAACAUUGUGGCCAUGGAUUAAGAAUUUGUUCAAUUUGUUGAUUCAUUCCUAGGUUUUAGGUAGCCUAAUUUGUUGAUUCAUUCCUAGGUUUUAGGUAGCCUAAUUUGUUGAUUCAUUCCUAGGUUUUAGGUAGCCUAAUUUGUGGAUUUAACUAAAUGAGGGAGCAAAUUAUGAUUAAAUCAACAAAUGAAUAAAAUGUGGCCACGUAGUACAGUCAAGUUGUGGGAACAAAUUUUUAAUUUGUGGCACAAUAUUUAUUUUUUCUUCAAUGUCCUGUCUGUGGGGCUCUGUAUGAUUAACAUCUCAUUGAAAGUUGACAUGAAAGGAAAGUUGCAACUGCCUUUUCUUCCCAAAUGUGAUGUAUAUCCCAGUGAAAUCUCAAAUGAGUAAAAUGUAGGACGGCAUUUUGUCCAUCUGGAAUGAA